AUGACCGAACAAUACUCCGUUGCAGUUGGCGAAGCGGCCAACGAGCACGAAACCGCUCCAAGAAGAAAUAUCAGGGUGAGAGAUCAACCUUUAACUAGACCCAUAAACUCAUCUGCAUCGACGCUGUACGAAUUUGCCCUGGAAUGUUUUACCAGAGGUGGCAAAAGAGAUGGUAUGGCGUGGAGAGAUAUUAUCGAUAUACAUGAGACAAAGAAAACUAUAGUCAAGAGAGUAGACGGAAAGGAUAAGCCUAUCGAAAAGACAUGGUUGUACUACGAACUGAGCCCUUACAAAACCAUGACCUAUGAGGAAAUGAUCUGCGUGAUGCACAACAUUGGCCGUGGGCUGAUAAAGGCUGGUGUCAAGCCCAGUGGUGAGAACAAGUUGCACAUUUUUGCCUCUACUUCCCAUAAAUGGAUGAAAACUUUUCUUGGUUGCAUGUCUCAAGGUAUUCCCGUGGUCACUGCAUACGACACUUUGGGUGAAAGUGGUUUGAUUCACUCCAUGGUGGAAACGGAGUCCGUCGCGAUUUUCACCGAUAACCAGCUGUUGUCCAAAUUGAUAGUGCCCUUGAAAACCGCCAAGGACAUUAAAUUUGUCGUUCACAGCGAACCCAUCGAUCCUAGUGACAAAAGACAAAAUGGUAAGCUUUAUCAAGCUGCCAAGGAUGCUGUUGACAAGAUAAAAGAAGUGAGACCAGACAUACAAAUUUACAGUUUUGAUGAAAUCAUUGAGAUAGGUGAAAAGGCCAAAGAUGAAGUUGAAUUGCAUUUCCCCAAGCCGGAAGAUCUGGCCUGUAUCAUGUACACUUCAGGCUCCACUGGUACACCAAAGGGUGUGGUAUUGACACAUCAUAACAUUGUUGCUGGUAUCGGUGGUGUGGGACACAACGUCAUCGGAUGGAUUGGCGAAACAGACCGUAUCAUUGCAUUCUUGCCAUUGGCUCACAUUUUUGAGUUAACCUUUGAAUUCGAAGCCUUCUACUGGAAUGGUAUUCUGGGUUACGCCACCGUCAAGACUUUAACACCAACUUCCACAUAUAACUGCCAGGGUGAUCUGAUGGAGUUCAAACCCACCGUAAUGGUCGGUGUCGCAGCAGUUUGGGAAACAGUGAGAAAGGGUAUCUUGGCUAAGAUCAAUGAAUUGCCCGGCUUGUCCCAAAAGAUAUUUUGGACUGUCUAUGCUUUGAAAGAAAGAAAUCUGCCAUGCAGCCACUUUUUGAGUGGAUUGAUCUUCAAGAGAAUCAGAGAAGCCACUGGUGGACAGUUGAGAUUUAUUUUAAACGGUGGAUCCGCAAUCAGCAUAGAUGCUCAGAAAUUCCUCUCCAAUGUCCUGUGUCCUAUGCUCAUUGGAUACGGGCUAACCGAAGGUGUAGCCAAUGCUUGCGUUUUAGAACCUGACCACUUCGAUUAUGGUAUUGCCGGUGAUCUUGUCGGAUCCAUUACUGCUAAGUUAGUAGAUGUCGAAGAUUUAGGUUAUUUUGCAAAAAAUAAUCAAGGUGAAUUGCUCCUUAAGGGUGCACCCAUCUGUUCCGAAUACUAUAAGAACCCUGAAGAAACUGCCGCGGCCUUUACCGAUGAUGGCUGGUUCCGUACCGGUGAUAUUGCUGAAUGGACCCCUAAGGGACAAGUGAAAAUCAUUGAUAGAAAGAAGAAUUUAGUCAAGACCUUAAAUGGUGAAUACAUUGCAUUGGAAAAACUAGAAUCCAUUUACAGAUCAAAUUCUUAUGUCCAAAACAUUUGCGUUUAUGCUGAUGAAAAUAAGGUUAAACCAGUCGGUAUUGUGGUCCCUAACCUGGGGCCUUUAUCUAAAUUGGCUGUCCAAUUAGGUGUAAUGGUGCCUGGUGAAGAUAUUGAAAGCUAUAUCCACGAAAAGAAACUUCAAGACGCAGUUUGUAAAGAUAUGCUUGAAACUGCCAAAUCUCAAGGCCUCAACGGUAUUGAAUUGUUAUGCGGUAUUGUUUUCUUUGAAGAAGAAUGGACUCCUGAAAACGGGCUUGUCACAUCAGCCCAGAAAUUAAAGAGAAGAGAUAUCUUGGCCAUUGUCAAACCGGACGUGGAAAGAGUUUACAAAGAAAACACUUAA